GUAUUUACUGUUGUCGUUUUGCGUGUAAAUUGGAUCCGAAAGCUUAUCAAUUGGUAUGUAAGUUAGGCUAACGAAAUUUAAAGUUUGUUUCGGUUGUUCUUAUCUUCUGGUGAAGUACAUGCCAAACAUGGGUGUGGCUGGCAGAGGUUUGCUACUGUGACAUUUGCACACUGCAACUCAUGUCAUGGCUGCUGCCAGUGAAGACAAGAAGGCAUCUGGCGACCACCAAGACAUCCAGCUCGGAUUUGUAGAGCGCACAGAGCCCUGGAAGCUGGUGAGCCGCUACUUCCCGACCAAGGUGGGCGGCCGACCCGCGUGGCUGGAGCUGCGCCACCUGCCGCCGUCUGAGGCGCUGCGGUGCGGUCACUGCAGCGCGCCGCUCGUCUUCCUCUGCCAGCUGUAUGCGCCGAUCGAGGAGCGAGCCGGCUGCUUCCACCGUACCGUGUUCGUGUUCAUCUGCCGGCGGCCCGAGUGCUCGCAGCGGCCGUCGGGCGGCGUGGCGGCGCUGCGCUGUCAGCUGCCGCUGGAGAACCCCUACUACCCUGACACGCCGCAGGAGGAGCGGCCGCUGCUGGGGCCCGACGAGCACUCGGCCGAGCACCACGUGACGCUGUGCGCCGUCUGCGGCUGUCUGGGCACCAAGAACUGCUCCAUCUGCAAGAAGGUGUACUACUGCAGCCGAGAGCACCAGGCCAUCGACUGGAAACAUGGACAUAAGAAAAAAUGCAAAGAGGCUGGCGGCGCCGGCUCCGGGAGCCAGAAGUUCCUGCUGCCAGAAUCCGAGGUGGUCAUUGAGGACGAGCCGGCUGACUCCAAGAAGCGUGAGAAGACAGAGGAAGAACGUAUGGCCGACUACGCGUCACUCAUCAAGGACAAGAUCGAGGCUCUUCCCGAUGCCGACGUGGACGAGCUGGACAAGAUGGCCUCCUCGAGCGGCGACGACCCGGUGUUCGCGCGCUUUCGGAAGCGCGUGGCGCGCGAGCCGGAGCAGGUGAUCCGGUACUGGCGCGGCGGGGCGCCACUUUGGGUCAGCAAAGACCACCAGCCCGCCGAGACGGACAUACCCAACUGUUCCUGUGGCGCCAAACGGCACUUCGAGUUCCAGAUUCUGCCGCAGCUGCUCAACCACCUGGAUCUGGACGAGAUGGGCGACAGCGUCGACUGGGGUACCCUGGCCGUCUACACCUGCUCCGAGAGCUGCGAGGCCGCCGACCCCGAGCGGCCCUACCGCGAGGAAUUUGUCUGGAAACAGCAGCUCUGACCCACAGCCGCCGUGAGGGAAAGGUAUGAGAAGCGGGUUUGUUAAGAUAUCGGGCGAAGAAGAGCCCGAAAGAAAUGUGAUGAAGUGUCGUGAAAUCGAAAAUACAUGACCUUAUGGAGGCAUGGCAGCAA